AUGGCCACGCAGGCGAGCGGAAUCAUAACAUUACACUGGAAGUCUCUUUACUCAUCCUCGUACUAUUUAAUUUUAGCUGUUUAAUUUCGCUUUUUCCAUGGCGACAGUUUCAAAAUAUCUUUGACAAGUGGGAGUUAGAGAGAAAGUGAAAUAUUUAGCGUGUAGUGUGAUGAAAACAUGUUGCUGGUCGCUGUAGAAGCUAACCACCAGCAGCAGCAACUAGCUAGCAAAUGGCUAUUCGGCCGUGAUGUCUGUCACUGUGCGAAAUGACAAGAAGACGAGCAAAAUAGUAGCGCGGCUGCUGGAAACCUGUGUCCUGUAAAAUUAGCCAACAGCAUGUGACCCAGAAGCUCUCUGCUCGCCAUAAAGUUGGUUUUAAUCGAGAUGCCUCGCCUGGAAGAGUUGGCCAACGUUGCGCUCAGGGUGCCAAGCGUCCUGGUGCUGGACCUGCUGUACAAAUGUGACAUUGAAGGUUUGACAGAGCAUCUCAAGGCCAAAAACGAAGACAUGCUCUUUAAAUACAAAUAUGUCAUCUGGAACAUGUACUACCUUGGUCAUCUGAUAAACGUGGUGGUGUUGGUUCUGCCAUUGAGACAUAUUGUGACGCUCUACCUCCAUAUCCUCGCUGCCCUGCUGCUAUACAUGGGACAUCAGAUUUCCAAGGAUUAUGUCCGUGAAGAACUGCAGUAUGGUUAUGAAGGAGCUGUGUACCUUGAUUCUCUGGCCUUCAACAGAUUUGUCUCUGCAAUGACUAGUCAAAUUAUUCUCAGCACGCUGUGUGCCUUUCUGAUGAAGACCAGAAAGGUGUGGUUGUUCUCUGCUCACGUGCUCCCCCUGCUGGCCAGACUCUGCUCUGCUCCUCACGCCACGCUACUAACUGUCAACACAUUCUCCAUGGGACUGACCGGACUGGGAAUCGCUAUGUUCCUCCUCUCAAAUCUGUUUGUGCCAUAUCGCCUUGCAAGGGCUGCCUAUUCAGAGCUGCUUCAAGUGGAGGUGAUUGAACUGUACAGACUUCUGGCUGUGGGAAUCUCUCUGUGGAACCAGUUUGCCGUUCCAGUGCUCUUCAGUGUCUUCUGGUUUGUUCUGUUCAUUGUCCAGCUGUGCUCAGACAUCAUGUCUGGCAACGCUGCCUCAGCAGCCCAUCAGGGAAUCAUGUUCUUCCUGCUCACAAGCGUGUCUGAAUGCUGUGCCACACCGUAUUCUCUUCUGGGUCUGACAUUCGUGGUGUCCUAUCUGGCUCUCGGACUGCUCAACCUAUGCAAGUUCUACCUGGGAGGUUUUGCAGCUGUUCAGAAUGAGAACGUCAUGCACAGAGGAGUGACUGAGGGCGUCACUCUGCUCCUGCUCGCUCUCCAGACGGGCCUGUUAGAUAUGCAGGCGCUGCAGCGCACCUUCCUCCUCAGCAUCAUCCUCUUUAUCGUGGUGACUUCAACCCUGCAGUCAAUGAUUGAAAUUACAGAUCCAAUCAUUCUCGCUUUGGGUGCAUCCCGCAACAGGAGUCUGUGGAAACACUUCCGUGGCCUCAGCAUGUGUCUGCUUCUGCUGAUUUUCCCCGUGUUUAUGGCGUAUAAAAUCUCCCAGUUCUUCCACAUGGACUUCUGGCUCCUAAUACUGGUGUCCAGCUGCAUGCUGACAUCCCUUCAGGUUACAGGCACUAUGCUGAUCUACUCCCUCUUCAUGGUGGAGCUAUUUCGCACCAGCCCGAUUGAGAGCCUGGACGAAGUGAUCUACUGGGUGAACGCCGUCAGCAGGGUGCUGGAGUUUGUGGUGGCGCUCUGCGUGGUGGCUUAUGGCACCUGGGAGUCGCUGUUUGGAGAGUGGAGCUGGAUGGGCGCCUCUGUCAUCAUCAUCCACUCUUACUUCAACGUCUGGCUCAGAGGUCAGUCUGGCUGGAGGAGCUUCCUGCUCAGACAGGAAGCAGCUAAGAAGAUCAACUCCCUCCCCAGGGCCACAGCUCAGCAGCUGCAGCAACACAACGACGUCUGCUCCAUCUGCUUCCAGGAAAUGAGCUCCGCUGUGAUCACAUACUGUAGACAUUUCUUCCAUGGCAACUGCCUCCGCAAGUGGCUGUAUGUGCAAGAGACCUGCCCCAUGUGCCACCAAACGGUCAGACCCAGCCCAGGGGGUCAGAGUGAGGCUUCAGGUGACACUCCAGCAGAGAGAGAGACAGGACCAGAUCCUACUGCACAAGAGGGAAAUCAAAACCCCGACAACAACGCAUCGCAAGAGAUGCAGAGUGACAGUAUAACUCCUGAUCCCACUGAGCCGCAGGAGGAGAGGGAAAGCUCUGAGGAUGGAGUUUGUGGAACAGGAGAUAAAGACCAGCCAGCUGAACCUCAUAGAAAGGCUGCUCAAGGUCUUCGUUUCAGCUCCAGUGGAGACUUUGUUGGAUUUGGUAACCCAGUGUCAAGCUGCUCUUCAGGGGGAUUUUCUAGUUCCAAUGUGCUGCUGGGUAAAACUUCUCCUCCUAACAUGCACAAAUCAGGUGAGGAGAAUGGCGAGGAUUCACCACUGAACGAGAAUCCAACAGAGGGCCAGUGUGACUCUAAAGGAGCAGGAUCUGAAGACGGUGCUCUGUUCCGUCUUAGAGUGCCACAAAACAGCAAUGGUACCCAUGACAGCUGUGAUGGGAUGCCUGAACCGUGGAACAGCCUUGAUUCACCACAAUCAAACAACGCUGAUGAAAGCCAAGAAGCUGUCUCACAUGGCACAAGCUUUGUCGAUAAUCAAACAUUUGUCAGAUCAUGUAAUGAAAACUCAGACGUCGUAGAUGGCACUGACGAUCCUCAGAGUCAUGAGGGUAAUGGUACAUAUUCAGACUUGGACCUGGGCAGGUUCAGAGAGGCUGAACCUGUCCCACAGAUCCCCCGGCUGUCCUCAUCGGACGCCACCUUCUCUUGCACAAGCACAGACAACAGUGACUGACUGCCCUGCAUCAGUGCCUUGAAGGGUGAAAAAGGGUGACCCUCCAUAGUGGGGAAUUAAACACAUUUGCCUUCUCUCUCUGAAUCCGUAGGAAAAAAAAUUGUAUCUUUGACCAGACAGUGUAAUGAAUGUGCUUCAGUUUAGCCAGUAACAUGCAUCUGGAUUGAGAACAGAGACUAAAAUGUCUUGGGUUAAAAGGAUCCUCUUUAUUGUACAACUGUAAAGAAAUUGUAAAAAAAAGAAAAAGUUAUAAUUAAAAGAAAUCAUGUAACUAUAAAGCAAUUAUUUUGCAUUAAUAUUUACCAAAUUCUAGCAGGUUACAAGUGAAAAUGUUUACUUAGAGAAACUGAAUGCUAUUUGAUUUAUUUUUUUCAUUUUUCCUGGUAGUUCUUAUAUACAGCAUUUCUGUGCAGUGUCAGAAAAGGAACAGCUUCAGCUGUUCAACAGCAGAAUCUGCCUUUUGUACUGCAAAGGUUAUCUGUCUCCCAGUAUUAAAUUACAGCUGUGAACGUGUACUUUUGUUUUUUUUAACUGGAGUCUCCAUAUUAAUAAAAUCAUGACUGGUGGACAGCGAGGCUGA